AUGUCUGUAUCGACCAUUCGGAUGGCAGCAAGUGUUAUCAGGACGCUGAGUAACCUGGGUUUGGCGAAACCCUUCCCUCCCUGCUUCUUUCCGGCUGAGGAUGAGGAGGAGACCGAAGAAGAAUAUGAAGAGGAGCUGAGAGAGGACAGUUUGGAGGAGGACGAGGAUGCAGUAGCCAGUGAGUCUCAAGAGGAAGAGCCAUGGAGAUUUGAUUCAUCCCCCAAUAACGCUGAGAUGACCAAUCAGCUCCUGCGGUUUGCUGAACUCAUCAGCAACGAUGUCCAGCGCUACUUCGGCCGAAGCCAAGACCCUGAUGCCUGUGACAUCUAUGCAGAGAGACCGUGUCCAAAAGUCGGGGGCCGCCAGCGGUACUACGCUGACUUCAUCAAAGUAGCAUCAUCAGGGCAGGCGGAGGAGCCUGAGCUGCUCGGGCCCCUUGCAGAGCUCUUUCAAGACGCUCAAAGGAAAGGACGGGGUUUACCCAUGAACCAACGUCGCCUGCCAAACAGUUUCUGGACAGAGCCUUUUGCACAUCAGCUUGACGUGUUGGGUGAUGCAAACACACAAGAGAACUCUCUCAGGAUGAUUAACACAUCAGAGGGCUCCAGUCACAUCAACACGUCAUUGAGUUUGUUCAGUAACACGAGCGUUUGCACCAUGACCAGCUCCAGUAUCUCAGGGACUCUCAGUAGCUCAAGCACACCAGACUUCAGUGAUUUACUUGCUCACUGGGCCAUGGACAGAGAAAAUCCCAAUGAAUUCAACUGUGACUAUCCACUGUCAUAAUCAAUCAGCUUGUC